CAAAUACAGAUAGGAUUUUUUAUAAUCGCAAACAAAACAUAGAAGUCCGUAUAAUAUUUGUUCAUAUCUGUGCUAUUGUACAAAUAAAUAAAUAGCUCGUGGAAUCCAUAAAAACAGCAUUAUCGAGAUAAAGUAAUACCCACUUGUUAGAUGGGAAAUUAUCAGACUAUUGUAGUGUAAACUUCAAAUAGUGUUUACAUUGUCAACCAUUUUCAGGGAGCGACUUUUAAUGCGUUUCAUAUGGAAUAUGAUGAUCAAGAUACUUUCAAGAUGAAUGAAAGUGAGUCUGUUUAUGGAACUACAUUGUCCCAAGAGUCAAUAAAGGUAAUUGCAGAAAGUAUAGGCGUCGGAAAUUUCCCGGAUGAGGCUGCAAAAGAUCUUGCGGAAGAUGUAAGUUACAGACUGAAGGAAAUCAUACAGGAUGCAGCGAAAUUUAUGAGACACGGUAAACGUCAACGAAUGACAACGCAUGAUAUAGAUUAUGCCUUGAAAAUAAAAAAUAUUGAACCCACGUAUGGAUUUUUUGCCAAGGAUCAUAUACCAUUUCGCUUUGCCUCUGGCGGUGGCCGUGAAUUACAUUUUGUAGAAGAAAAGGAAAUUGAUCUCAACGAGGUUAUAUCGAUGUCUGGUGGACAAACGUGGCCUAAAUUGCCUUUAGAAAUUACACUACGGGCUCAUUGGCUUUGCAUAGAUGGGGUUCAGCCUACAAUACCAGAAAACCCACCUCCUGUUUCUAAAGAUGUUCAAAAGCUGGAAAGUGUUGAUCCAACAAGUAAACUUACAAACAAGAGUCAAAACAUUGGUGUUGGUAAACCAGGCGGUGGUGGUAAAAGUCAAAAACUUCGUAAUGUGGAAACAGUUCAUGUUAAACAAUUAGCCACCCAUGAACUGAGCGUUGAACAGCAAUUAUACUACAAAGAAAUUACCGAAGCGUGUGUAGGUUCUGAUGAAGCACGCAGAGCAGAAGCAUUACAGUCUCUUUCAGCUGAUCCUGGUUUACACGAAAUGCUAGCACGAAUGUGUACUUUUAUUGCAGAAGGUGUACGUGUUAAUGUAGUACAAAACCACCUUGCUCUUCUAAUUUAUCUAAUGCGAAUGGUUAAAGCUCUUUUAGACAAUCCCAGCCUUUAUUUAGAAAAAUAUUUACAUGAAUUAAUACCAUCCAUCGCAACGUGUAUAGUUUCACGUCAGUUGUGUAUGAGACCAGAAGUGGACAAUCAUUGGGCGCUUCGUGAUUUUGCAUCACGCCUUAUGGCCCAAAUUUGCAAAAAUUUUAAUACCUCUACCAAUAAUGUACAAACUAGAGUAACUAGAAUGUUUAGUCAGGCUUUGGCAAAAAAUAGUCAGACUCCGCUGGCGUCACUUUAUGGAGCAAUCGAGGGACUUUGUGAAUUAGGUCCAGAAGUAAUUAAAGCAUUAGUUAUUCCUAAAAUUAAAUCUAUUUCCGAACGUAUUGAAUCAUGUAUCGAAGGACCAGGUCUAUCAAGUGUGGAUAAAAAUGGGGCAGGUCAUAUAAAGACUUUACUUGUGAAAUCAGUGGCUCCUGUUUUAAAGACCAUACGAUCUCCCCCAGAUUAUGUAGAAGAUUAUAAACAAGAUUAUGGUUAUAUAGGUCCUGCAUUAUGUGCAGCCGUUGUAAAAGCUCGUACACAGCCAGUAACAUUAGCAACAACUGCAUCCACAACUACGGCUUUAACAACAAGUCAACAAGGCCCUACUUGUACUGGAAAAACCAUUGUACAAGCUGUAACUAGCUCUAGUCCUGGACAACAAACUGGACGUACAAUUAUGCUUGGUACAAGUAGAGCCUCUGGUGGAACUACUGCAGCUGGAGGACAAAAAUUCGUUAUCUUGCAAUCUCGUUCUCAAACACCAACCGCUACAAACAUUAAUACUAACGCAAUACAACAACAGCCUCAGCAACAGCAGCAACAACAGUCGCAACAACAAGUUAAAAUAGCUCAAACCAAUGUCACUCAGCAAAAAACACACAUACAAAGCAAUGCGCCGAAAUUGGUAGUUGUUUGUAUGUCCAGUGGUACUCACAGUACAACUACAGUAACUCAGGGAAAUAUAGCAGCAAAAGCGCAGAACGUUUUUGUUGCCCAACAAAAUGUUGAAUGUUCAUUGAGUCCAGAAGAGGAGCACUCUUUUCAAUAAGAUUGGGAAUAUUCACUUAAAACACUCAACUUUGUACAAAAAUUUUUAAUGUUAAUAUACUUUAUAAGAAAAUAAAGAUUUUUUAUGAACAUUAAAGAGAUA